AUGAAACUAUCCCCGUCUGGUCCCCCUUCUUCUCUUCUCCUUUCAUUCACUUUACUUUUGACUUCCUUCCUUCCUUCCUUCUCUCCUUCCUUCCUUCCUUCCUUCCUCCCCUCCCCCCCCUCCUUCCUUCCUUCCUCCCCUCCCCCUCCCUCCCUUUCCUUCCUUCCUUCCUUCCUUCCUUCCUUCCUUCCUUCCUUCCUUCCUUCCUUCCUUUCUUCUCCUCUCACCCAACCAUCUCUCCAUCCGUCUAUCCUUCCAGCCUUUUCUUUCUUUCAUUCACUUCCUUCCUUCCUUCCUUCCUUCCUUCCUUCCUUCCUUUCUCCUUCCUUCCUUCCUUCCUUCCUUCCUUUCUCCUUCCUUCCUUCCUCCCUCCCUCCCUCUCCUUCCUUCCUUCCUUCCUUCCUUCCUCCCUCCCUCCCUCUCCUUCCUUCCUUCCUUCCUUCUUUCUUUUCUUUCUUUCUUUCUUUCUUCUUCUCUCACCCAACCAUCUCUCCAUCCGUCUAUCCUUCCAGCCUUUUCUUUCUUUCAUUCACUUUACUCCUUCCGUCUUUCCUUCCUUCCUUCUCCUUCUUUAACCCAAUCUUCCCCCCAUCCGUCCAUCCAUCCUUCCUUUUCCUUCUUUCAUCCGCUUUACUUCUUCUUUCUUUUAUUCUUCCUUCUCCUCUCACCCAAACUUUUCUCCAUCCGUCUAUCCAUUCUGCCUUUCCUUCCUUCAUCCACUUUACUUCUUCCUUCCUUUUUUCUUUCCUUCUCAUUCUUUCACCCAACCUUCUCCCCAUCCGUCCAUCUUUCCUCCCUUUUCCUUCUUUAAUCUACUUUACUUCUCCCUUCCUUCCUUCUUUCCUUCCUUCCUCUAUUCUCCUCUCACCCAAACAUAUCUACAUCCAUCCACCCAUCCUUCCUCGCUUUUCAUUCUUCUAUACACUUUACUUAUUUCUUCCUUCCUUACUUUCUCCCUUCUCUUUUUUUCAUCAAAUUUUCUUCCUUAUCCGCCCAUCCUUCUCUUUUCCUUCCUUCAUUCACUUUACUCCUUCCUUCAUUUCUUUCCCCUUUCUUUUGAACUCUUUUCUUUCGUCUCUUGGAUUUUUCUUUCUUUCUUUCGUUCUUUCUUUCUUUCUUUCGUGA